AUGGCGCCGCCUCUCCCCGGCGAUCCACCGUCGCCCGACGAGCCCCCGGCGGCGGUAGGCGAUCUGCUCCCUCCAACGGCCAUCGAAGCCCCGUCUCGCAGCCUCGUCGUGCUUGCAGGAGGCCAGACGGCAAGUGACCUAGGGCUUGCCUCGCCGGGCAAGAGACUAGACCACACCAGGAACGACGCGCUCACGCACAUGACCACGGUGGGGCUUCUGCUGCUGCGCCGCCGCCGCCGCCCACCUCCCCUGCCUGGAGCGCCGCCGCCCUCUCCCCUGCCCGCAGCGCCGCCGCCCAGCUCCCCUGCGCCGCGCCCCGCCCCUCUCCCCCGCCCCGGCUCCCGACCGCGCCCCGCCCCGGCGCCCGACCGCGCGACGCCCCGGCCUGCCCGGCCGCGCCACGCCGCGGACCCCCGGCCGCGCCCCACCCCGGCGCCCGACCGCGCCACGCCGUGGCCCCCCGACCGCGCCCCGCCCCGGCCUUCGCGCCCCUCCGCCACCUUCGAGGCCGGGAGAGGUUCCACGUCCGCGCCCUUGUUCUCGUCGCAGCAGCGGAGUGGAAUCCAAGUCCGCGCCCUUGUUCUCGUCGGCUUCGUCUCGCUCCAGGGCCCAGCAGCGGCCGGGCUCGCUCCCCGCGCGGGCGCUGCUGCCAUGGCGCCUGCAGCAGCGGAGGCAGAGGCAGAGUCGGCGGCAGAUCUUGUCGGCAAAGAACGGAAUUCCAGUAGUGCGGUGACGCUGCUGGUGAAACCAGCCAAGGUGGAGAUGGCCAAAUACCUGAUGUCCAGCGCCCGCUCGCCCGCCGCCGCCGCCGCUCGCCGCACGCCGCUCGCCGGCCCGCGCUCGCGCCCGCUCUGCUCACGGCUGCUCGCGCUCGCCAGGCCGCCCAGCGCGCGCCGCGUCGGCCCGCGCGCCCCCAGCCCGCCGCCCGCGCGCGCCAACCACCCGCCGCUCGCCGGAGCCUCGACGCCGCCGCCAGCCACCCGCCCGAGCACCGCUCGCAGCCGGCCGCCCAAGCUCCACCCCGCCGCUGGUGGUGCCCGGCCCGAUCUCCCUCCCUGA